GAAUGACUUAGACAAACAUAUUAUCGUAAGCAUAAAAGUAUAGGUAUAUGAUUUUAUUCAAUGUUCUCGUUCAAUAACUUCAUCUAAUAGAAACACGUUUGGCGAAAACUUGUUGUUGAAGAGUGGCAACGAUCCUUGGCUUCGACUGAUACGAAGAAACAAUAUUUAAGACUCUUGUCUUGUUAGUAUUUGCCAAGUUGCGGUGAAGGACAUAUCUUGUUCAAAUAUAGGUAUCACACUUUUUCAAGAAAGAUGAGGAUUUUUGUUCUAGGAAGAGUUGUGUUCAGUUAUUUACUGCUGGAAAUUUCAAUGGGCGAGAAAAUGGUCUUAAAGGAUGCAACAUUUGAAUUUUGGAUGAAAAAGUCUUUAAUAUUCGAUGGAAGCGGUCAGCUUUUUUUCAAAGAGAAUGGCAAAGCUAAAACGUGUGCAGAUGGAAGAAAAACAGAAACGUGGUUGUUGACAGAAACAUUGAAAAUUAAUCAAACAUUAGAUGAUGUUAAAAUGUUCAUCGAAAUUGACUCAAAAAUGGCGAAUUGCGAUAACGAAGAUGGAAUUUGUUUCCGAGACGGUUUUGAAAUAUUUACCUACAAUGGAAAUGGUGAGCCAGUGAUCCCUUUUCCUUUUAAUGGAAACUUAGAGGAGAAGGGAAAAAAUAGCAUUUAUUUCAAUAACAAUUUCGACUUUAUGGGCAACAUCACUGGCAACGAAACAUCAAAAGAACGGUUCAUCAAAAUGUUUACAAUACAAGUGAAAAAAUUUAACGACAUAACAUUUGGCAUUAAGUCUACGGGAGCUUGUGGCACUUUGUUUCGUAUGACGAUUUUCUACUACGUUUGCCAGCAGAAAUAUAAAAACAGUAUUCUGCUAACGAGAACGUUAUCACCUCCAAAUGGGACAAAGGUCAUUUAUGGUAAUUGUUCAACUAAUUCAGAGAAAUUGACAAAAACGAGCGGUCUUAGAGCUUACUGUCACAGCAAUGGAACAUGGUUUCUAGAAAAAAAUGCAUCUUGUUUGUGUCGUAAAGGAUAUGAGCCAACAAAGGAAGGCUGCCAAGGUAAAAGAAAAUUUGAAAGAACACCAAUGUUUUCAUCUUAA